AUGGCCCCCAUCAGUCAAAGCAAGCACAUCGGUCGAGAUAAGUUCGGGACGCAGUUCAGUCUCCUUAAAACUCAACAAUACACCGACCCUGCCGCGAGAACCGUCACGCCGACUAUUCAUCGUACAAUUUCCUGGAAUGCAUCUGGGGGUCUGAUAGCCACAGGCGCGAAUGAUAAGACUGUUCGAGUAUGGAACCCCGAACGCACGAGUCCACGAAGUCAGACCGAGCUGCGAGGACACGGACAUGCAGUUGAGAAAGUACUGUUCAACCCGGUCCGCGAGUUCGAGCUUGCAAGCUGCUCCUCCGACGGCACAGUGCGCUUCUGGGAUACUAGGAGCAAGACCUGCAUCACAAAACUAGAAGUCGGUGGAGAACCUUUCACCAUGACGUGGAGCGUCGAUGGAAGUGUUCUCAUGGUUGGAACAAAGGGCGAUGUGCUCAUUCCAGUCUCGACAAGUAUUCCCGCCUCACCGGAGAUACUGUCUCGCUAUAAACAACCGCAACAGACAAAUCAGACAACCUUCUCAAACACCUACCCUCCCUCCGAACUCCUCAUCACUCAAGGCGACGGCUCCGUAAAAAUCCUCGACUAUCCAACAUUUGCCCCGCUACAUGGCCUAGCCGCGCAUACCUCUUCGUGUACGUCCAUCGCAUAUUGUCCGAAUGGAAAGUACGUCGCAGUGGGCGGUUCAGAUGCCAUGAUAUCAUUGUGGGAUACAACCGACUGGGUCUGCCGGCGGACUUUGUCAAAUGCAAGCUCUGGCGCGAUCAAAGGCCUUAGCUGGUCAUGGGAUGGUCGAUACCUGUUAGGCGCCAGUGAAGAGAUGGGCACGGGUGGUGGGGAAGGUCUCGGUUCUGGCUUUGAGAUCUACCAUGCUGAGACUGGUGAUGUGGUACACACAAUUCCUACAGGAACAAGUGGCAUCCCAGCUGUGGCAUGGCAUCCCAACCGCUAUUGGCUCGCGUACACGCAAGUUGAGGAGACUCGACAAGGAAAAUCGAGUUUGAAAAUCAUCGGUGCUGCCGGUGGGCCAUCGAUAUGA